AUGGGGGGCGGAAUCGGCGGUUUCGAUCCAUUUGUGUGGGAGGCUGAAAGACGAGUGCGAAUUGCAAAGAAUAGUUAAAUUAGAAUUGCGUGACACUGAAUAAUUUUCUACUUCGAUUGCCUACUGACGCUGUGAUUCCGAAAAUAAAUGUUCACAAUUUAUCACAAUGAUGAAACGUUCGAAGAGUAUUGUCAUUAUAACGAAACAUAUCCUAGUUUUUCUAUUUCUGCUGAGUCAAGUCAACAGUCAACAGGAUGAGGAGGAUACUACUAUAUACACUGUGCAGUACAACAAAGACAAUUUCGCAGAGGAAGUGCAGAAGAAUAAUCAUGUUGUUAUGUUCUACGCGCCUUGGUGUGGACAUUGCCAAAGAAUGGCGCCACAGUAUGAAAAAUUAGCCAAAGAAACUAAUGGAGAUAAAAGCAAUGUAAUAAUUGCUAAAGUAGAUUGCACCAUUGAUAGUGAACUAUGUAGUGAACAUGAUGUUACUGGCUAUCCGACGUUCAAAUUCUUCAAAGCUGGAGAGACCAAGGGCACUAAGUUCAAGGAUGCAAAGGACAUGCCAUCUCUAAUUGCCUUCAUAUUUGAACAAUUGGGCACACCCUUUGGAGAUAUACACGAAACUCCAUCUGCUCCUGAUGCAGUAAAUGGUCUUUUAGAAUUAACAGAGGACACUUUUGACAAGCAUGUGUCCUCUGGUUAUCACUUUGUAAACUUAUAUGCACCUUGGUGUGGCUUUUGUCGGAAAUUAGCACCUGUAUGGGAGGAGUUAGCUAACAGUUUACGUAACAGUGACCAUGUUAGCAUAUCUAAAGUAGACUGCCAUCAACAUCGUAGUGUUUGCACUCAGUUCGAUAUAAAGGGGUAUCCAACUUUGCUUUGGAUUGAAGAUGGAAAGAAGAUAGAUAAAUAUACUGGACAACGCACUCAUGAAGAAUUAAAGGCUUAUGUAACGAAAAUGCUUGCUAAUGACAACGAUAAAGUGGAUGUUAAAAUUGAUAGUUCGGACAGUACGCUACACGCCGUACUUAGUUUAACCGGCGAUAGUUUCAAGCAUGGAAUAGAAACGGGUGUUUCAUUUGUUAAGUUUUUCGCGCCUUGGUGUGGUCAUUGUAAGCGUUUAGCGCCCAUUUGGGAGGAUCUCGGGAAGAAGUUCUUCGGCAACGAGAAGGUGAACAUUGCCAAAGUGGACUGCACCCUCGACGUCAGCAAAGAUCUGUGCAAUAAACAGGAUGUUGACGGUUUUCCUAGUCUGUACUUAUACCGCGACGGACAAAAAGUGUCCGAAUACAAUGGUGCUCGCAAUCUAGAAGAUCUCUACGAUUUUGUAUUGAAUAAUGUACAGCUGCACGACGAGCUAUGAUUAUCUAUUUAUCUUCUACUAAAUUUAAUUCCGCGACCAGAGCGAUAACCUACGCUGCCUCUCGGAACGCAACGGUGUAACAAUUAAUUUAAUUCUAUACGAAUGUACGACGCGUCUGACUGAGACAACUCCGGAAGUUGUCCAGGUCGUAUAUUUUUUUCAUUUUUGUAUAAAAUAUCAAAACAAAAAUGUUAUACAAUACUAUUAUACGUAAAUAUUAAGGGCCGUUAUAUUUUUCGCGUGGUUAAGUGGUGUACUUCCGAAAUAUAUUUAUAGAACCAAUGUUAAUCUCCAUUGAAUUUCGUGUUCUGUACAUUCAUUCGACACGUUCCGUGCCGCUUUUUAACAUUUAUAAAAUAUAAAAUAUAAUAUUUUGGGGAA